AUGGAAAGAGAUUUGACUUAUAAUGCCCCGAAAAUAAAGUUUACCGAUACUGAAGGACAAGAAGAACAUUUUUAUUUCAAUCGGAGUAACAAUUCAACCAAUGAUUUAACCAGUCAUGACUCUUCAUCAACUCAACUACAAGAUGCCAAUUCCAGAAGACAAGCCCCACCACCACCACCACAUAAUCCAUUUUCUGACAAUUCCCAUGAAAAUAGUACUGAAUCAUUAUAUCAAUCAGAAACAAGAUUUCAUCAACCACUACUUCAUAAUGAUAGUAAUAAUAGCAAUAGCAGUAUAGGCAAUAAUAGACAACGUAUUCCAUCACAACAACAUGAUACACUGUCAUUAUAUUCAGCAUCACCAAUAUCAACAUCACCUUUAGUUUCUAAUUUUCAAUCAUAUCUGGACAACCAAGACGAAAUGACUCGAGGUAAGUAUAACCAGAAUACAAAUCGGUCAAGUUCAAAUUAUAUUCAACACAGUCCAACAUCAGCAGGGUACGAUAGAUAUCCGCUUAAAACUCAAUCCAGUAUUGGUGGAUCAAUGCUGAGAAUUGGUUUAUCAUCAUCAUCGCCAUCACAACAACAACAACAACACAUGUAUGAUAACAAUUCAUCUAAUCGAUCUCUGUAUUCACCUGAUUCCGCCACUGAUUUAAUGGUUUAUGAAAAUGGAGAAUUUAGUCCAUUUGGAGGAUAUCCAGCAAGUUUAUUCCCCUUAAGUAUUGAUGAAAAAGAACCCGAUGAUUAUUUACAUAAUCCUGAUCCUGUUCAAGAUGCCGAAUAUGAUAAAAAUCGGUUUUUAUAUGACUUAAAAACCAUGGAUAAGAAAUCUAUGAAUGGAUUAAUUGCAUUUAUUGUAAUGUUUUUAAUUGCUAUUGCUAUAUUUAUAAUUUUACCAGUUUUCACAUAUACUGGAUAUAACCCCAAGGCGAAAAAUUUUGAAAAUUAUGAGGUUUUAACUAGAUAUCUGUAUCCAAGAUUAAGUGCUAUCCGAACUUCAUUAAUUGAUCCUGAUACUCCUGAAGAUGCCUUAUUUUGGAAAUCUAAAAAUGGUGAAGAAUGGCCAUUGGUGUUUAGUGAUGAAUUUAAUGCCGAAGGUAGAACAUUUUAUGAAGGUGAUGAUCAAUUUUUCACUGCACCAGAUUUACAUUAUGAUGCCACUAAAGAUUUAGAAUGGUAUGAUCCCGAUGCUGUAACUACGGCUAAUGGAACAUUAACUUUACGUAUGGAUGCUUUUAAAAAUCAUGGAUUAUUUUAUCGAUCAGGGAUGAUUCAAAGUUGGAAUCAAAUGUGUUUUACUCAGGGGAAAUUGGAAUUUCUGGCAAAAUUACCCGGGUAUGGUAAUAUCACUGGAUUUUGGCCUGGGUUAUGGUCAAUGGGAAAUUUAGGUCGUCCAGGGUAUCUUGCCCUGACUGAAGGUGUUUGGCCAUAUACUUAUGAUUCAUGUGAUGCUGGUAUUACACCUAAUCAAUCUUCUCCAGAUGGGAUUUCUUAUUUACCAGGUCAAAGAUUAAAUAAAUGUACUUGUCCAGGUGAAGCUCAUCCUAAUCGUGGUGUUGGUAGAGGUGCCCCUGAAAUUGAUGCAUUGGAAGGGGAAAUUCAUGGUGUUAUAGGUAGAGUUUCUCAAUCAUUACAAGUUGCUCCUUAUGAUAUUUGGUAUAUGCCCAAUUAUGAUUUUCUUGAAAUUCAUAAUAGUUCAAUAACAUUAAUGAAUACUUAUGCUGGUGGACCUUUCCAACAAGCUAUUUCGGGUGUAACAAUGUUAAAUGUUACAUGGUAUGAAUAUGGUGAUCAUCAACAUAAUUUCCAAAAAUAUGGUUAUGAAUAUUUAAAUGAUGAUGAAUCAGGUUAUUUACGUUGGUUUGUUGGUGACAAUCCAACUUUUACAAUCUAUUCUCAAGCUUUACAUCCAAAUGGUAAUGUUGGUUGGAGAAAGUUACCUAAAGAACCUUUAAGUUUGAUUUUAAAUUUUGGUAUAUCUAAUAAUUGGGCUUAUAUCGAUUGGCCAAGUUUAGUUUUCCCUUCAACUAUGAGAGUCGAUUAUGUAAGAGUUUAUCAACCUAAAGAUCAAAUUAAUGUUGGUUGUGAUCCAACCGAUUUCCCAACUUAUGAUUAUAUUCAACAACAUUUAAAUGUUUAUCAAAAUGUUAAUUUAACAAAAUUUGAAGAUGGUGGUUAUACUUUCCCCAAACAUAAAUUAAUUGGAUGUUAA